AUGCCUCAAUCAAGUGUCGAAGACAUUGAUGCUCCUCCUGAGAAGAUCAUAUCUGAAGCCCUUCAGAGCCUUUCCUUGAAGGAACGGGAGCAUGCAUAUGAAGAUAUUCAUGGCGUCAGCAAACCCAUUCCGGAGACGGACGAUUUGGUGUCCACGUCACUUGAUCGGAUGGCAGCGGAAAUCGAAAAGAUUGAGGAGAAAUCGGCGUAUGAGCAAGCGAAAAAUCUUUCCGAGGACAUUGUUACCAAGCGAGAGACUCGACUUGGCUUUCUCCGAGCAGACUCCUUUAAUCCAAAGAAAGCUGCCGAUCGAUAUGUAAAAUACUUUGAGCAACGACUUGCUCUCUUUGGACCGGAGAAGCUUGUUCAAGAUGUUACGUUGGACGACUUUGACGAAAAGACAAUGGAAACAUUGUCACGAGGUAUUUUGCAGAUACUCCCGAACCGCGACUCGCGAGGGAGAGCGAUUGUUGUAGUGUCAGCAGCGUUCUUCAGUUCUUCGCAAUACACGGGGCAUGACGCGGUUCUGAUAUGGGGUCAAAUAUUUUUCUACAUGAUGCUAUCGCUUGCAGAUGACGAAGAGACGCAAAGGAAGGGGGUUGUGCUCAUCAACUACUCUCUAGAUGCUAGACCGCGAAAUAUGCAACUACGUCGCAAGAUUUUGUCUUGUAAUGGAAAAAGCAUCCAGUGCCUACCCAUCAAGUUGCUGGGCGUCCAUCUUUGCCACAAUUCACCAAUGGUCCAACCUAUUCUUUCCUUCAUUGCGCGCUGUAACGGGACUGCCGUCAGCGUGAGAAUCAGGCCUCACGAAGGUUCACACAGCGAAUGUCAAUACAGUCUCAUUUCAUUUGGGAUUCCAAUCAAAUCAUUUCCUAUUUCUAUUGACGGUGGGCUAAUGUUGUCAAAUCACAACAAAUGGAUACAAAAAAGAGGACUCAAAGAAAAGUACCGGGCGAACAAAUCAUUACCGCUAGGGAAAUCCAUUGAUCUGCCAUCCACGACGGAUGUACUGCUGGGCCGAGGAAGACCUUUCAAUUUUCACCCGGGGAAUAGACUACUCCACGAGAUUGUCGAGACGUACUAUGACCAAUACAACAGUGCUCCCAGAGAGGAAAAGACAAAAAUUUCGGAAGACGUUGUUGCCAUUGUACAUAGAUAUGAUGGGCACUUUUUGAAACAAGACGCAGAUGCAGGUGUUUGGGUAGAAGUGUCAAAUUUGGAGGCCAGAAACAAGGUGAAUCAUAGCUUCCGACGAAAGCGGGAAUUUGAUCUGAAAGCUGCUGGAAAGAAGGUUGCAGUUGGGAAAGAAGGUCAAGAAAAGAGGCUGAAGGUAUAG